AAUACUAGGCACGGGCACAUUAAUUUUCCGAACGUAUUUUAAUAUUGUCAUGUAAAUAAAACAAUCAACAUUAUAAAUUGAUGUAAGGCCAUUAUAAAAUAUGAAUUAAUCAACACGUAAAUGUAUCAUUUAAACGUCAAAACAGUGAAAACAAUAGAAUUUGAGCAUUUUAUAUGUGAAAUUCCCUAUUGUAAAAAGUCAAAGUUGAGAAAAAGUGUGUAGGUAUAAAUAUACAUACAUGGAGUGGUGAAGAAAAAUUCAUUGUGGCCUGGCUUGCAAUUAAAUAGAAUUAAAAAAUUGGACUGAAGUGCUGAGCUUACGUGCGUAUGUGUAUACGUUUUCAGUUGUUCAAUCUUAAGCCAUACAUAUGUUUUUCAUCAGUGCACAUAAAUCCGGAUACACAUUAGUAUGUAUGCAUAUAAAUGUACAUACAUAUAUAUUGGUGUGUGGGCACUUAUGUUGAAAUAUGUAUAUAUGUACAUAUGCGCAUUAACAAUAUAAUGAAGAAUAUAAAAGUCCAUACGAGUUGUCAUUACAUUAACAAAAGCUAAAACAAAACUACGUAUAUAUAUAUAUGUUAACCCAGUAUGAACGUAUUGACAAGUGUAUUUAUAACUGUUUUGCAUAAAACAUUUCACCCUUGCAAUUGACGUGCAUGUAUGUGUGUAACUGGAGAGUGUCACAAAAAUGACCUGAGAUUAUUAUUUUGGUGUGAAAAUUAAAAAAGAAAAGAAAGGUGCAAAAUAUUUUCAGUGUGUUUCGGACAAAAGCCAGCUUAGAAACAGUUUUUAACGUAAAACAACUGCUGCUGUUGUCGUUGUAAUCUCUGAAAUAAUUGCAAGUGAUUUCUGUGACACGAUGCAGAUGAAAACUUUCAUAUACACGAUGGCUUAAUAUUUGUCUUCAUAGUAGACCUCUCUAUGUAUAAUAUAUGUAUGCAUAAUUAUAUGUGGGUCAAGGUAGACGAUGGUCAUAGAAUCUCCAAAAUAUGAUGGUGGCACUUGUGCAUUGCGUUAUUUGGCCUGUCGGUUUCCAGAAUUCUAUGUGUCGGGAAAUGCAAUCGACAGGCACCCAUAAAUGUAAUAUUAAAUAGUAGAGUUCCAUUAAUUGAAUUAUCCAAGUUGGUCUGCCCUUUCAUCAUUCAUCACACAUCGUGUAUAUUGGGAUUCCGAAGACUGAAUGUACAGUGACAGCUGCAUUUGGGAAGCACAGGUUUGUGCAUGAAUACAUAUAAUCUGGUUGCAUUAAAACAAAAAGGAAAACACUUGAUGACUACUACUUACGCAAGGCUAUCCAGAGGAAAGCCUCAUGCCAUUACAUUCUAAACAUACGUGCAUCUGAGGACAAGAUGUGAUCCUUAUGUGAAACACAGCAUCUGAUUUAGUAUUUAUUGCACACAUAAUAAUAUUAAGAUGGGAGCCAACAGUUCAAGCAGCAGCUAUCCCACGCUCGCAUCAGGUGGCGGCGGAGCCGGAGGAGGAAACGUAGCAAAUAAUAAUUCUAGCAACAAUCCGAAUGGAAAUGCAUCAGCGGUCGUCCUGCCCAUGAGCAUGGCCGGGAUGUCGACAGCGGGCGCUGUGGCAAUGACAACUGGCAGCGGUAGCUUGGGCGGAACGCCUGGAAUUGUCAUCAGCGGUGGGGCAGGCGGAGCAGCACAACAUUAUCAUCAUCGCGAUCAAAGGCGGAAGCGGGCUACGGGCUUUGCCACACUCAAGCGAAAAUUCAUACGUCGUAGACGCUCAUCAAAGGCUUGUGAUCAUGCGCGCGUAUUACGAGAUUUCGUGUCUGAUUGGGCACCCAUCGAACUGGCCGCUCUCUGCGAGGAGUUCGAAGCCUUGUCAGCUCUGAGGGACUUGUCGGUUCAAGCUGAGCUGGCACGCCCACCGGCCACAACGUACAAGCAGGAUCUGGCCGCUCUCUAUGACCAAACAUUGUGUACGGAUUGUGAUCUUGUGUUUCGCGGAACGAUAUUCUCAGUUCAUCGUUCGAUAUUAUCAGCACGUUGUGUGUAUUUUCGAGACCUGCUGGCCGGAUGUCCGGGCUUCGGAGCGCGUAUCUGUCUUGAGUUACCUACUUCGCCCAUAGAUGUGCAACUGUUUUCGUCGUUAUUGCGCUACCUAUACACCGGUGACCUUUGUCCGCACGAUCCGAACAUUGAUGUCACACUCUUGCGUCAGCUGGGGAAGGAUUUUGGGACGCCAAAUCCGCUGGAGCAUGAUCUGCGCUAUCUGUUGGAAACAGGUGACUAUGCGGAUGCGGCACUUGUUUUCACAGCGGAUGGAUCCAACGAUUAUCUGCGGCAAGACUCUGGAACAUCGGAGUACGGGUUUCGGCCAAAGAUUGAGCUGCCAUGCCAUAAAGCGGUGCUGAGCGCCCGCUCGCCGUUCUUCCGCAAUUUAAUUGCGCGUCGCACACGGAAUAUUGACGAGUACGUGGAGCGUUCGCUGCACGUGCCCACACGGAUUGUGUUGGACGAAACGGUUAUACCCAAGCGGUAUGCCCGAGUAUUGCUGCAAGCCAUUUAUCUCGAUUCGGUAGAUUUGAGCUUGAUAUUGCGUGGCGUCGGAUCUGGGACAUCGGCGGGAUCCCUGGGCGAAGUGCAUGCCCUGACAAACACAGGACGUGUGCGACCCACAACGCUGGAGGAGGCCAUGGAACUCUAUCAAAUUGGACGGUUCCUGGAGCUUGACAUAUUGGCUCAGGGCUGUGAGGACCUGAUCCUCGAGUGGCUAUCGAUUGAAACGCUGCCGACGGUCCUCAAGUGGGGAUGCCAGCCGCAUGGAUCGGCCUGGGUCUUUCGCCAGGCCUGUCAAUAUUUGCGUGAGGAGUUUUCCGCGGUGAGCGCUUCGCCGGUGCUGCAUCAGUUGGACAAGGCUCAGCUUAUUCACAUUUUGCACAGCAACUUUCUGCAAGCAUCCGAACUGGAGGUGCUGCAGGCUGUCCUGAAAUGGGGCGAACAGGAACUCAUUCGUCGCAUGGAGGAUCGUGAGCCCAACCUGUUGUCGCACACCGCCCACUCGGUGGCCCGCAAGGGCGUUAAAAAGCGCGACCUCAGUGACGUUGAGUUGCGGGAAAUACUUUCAGAACUAUUACCCUUGGUGCGCAUGGAUCAUGUCCUGCCGCCGCACUGCGAGGUCCUCUGCCAGGCCAUUCGCCGAGGACUGGUGAGCACCCCGCCAUCUCACAUGAUUGGCGACGACAGGGAGAAUUUACGCAUUAAUGCCUGGAUACGUGGCGGCAAGAAUCAGGGAUUAUACGUGCGGCCGCGUCUUUUCAUGCCGUAUUUUGAGGAGGUGAAGGCGCUACUCCAGGAUCGCAUGACCUCCUCCCAUCACCAGGCGGAACUAAUGCGGAUGCGACGAUCCCGACAUCCCCCUGAUAUCCCGGACACACUGUAUAUGGUGUCGCAUAUGAAGUCAAAGGUGAACAGUGAUCUCAGCGCUGCCGAAAGUCGAAGAAGUACUGGCGACGGCCACCUGGAUAUAAUGUUGCGAGGCGGAGGCGGAGCAGCUGCUAUACCGCCGCCGGAUAACCAAACCCUGCUGGCAAUGCGCAAGCGGGAGCACAAGCUGCGCCAGUCGCCUAUGUGCCAGAGAGCCUUGCUGCUGCCGCUGUCGUCGAAGCAUGAAAUCGAUCGGCAAAUCCGUCUGCGGGUUGUCCGUGAGUUCAAUCUGCCGGAUGAGGUGUCCGAUAUAUUGGAACACUCACUACUUCAGGCCAACGAGGGCAGGGGUGGCGGUGAGACGCAUUCAGCGGAGGAGACCUGCGGCGGCGUUGUGGCCUCGACCACUCAAACCGAGGACUGUUUGCUGGAGGACGAGGAUCAGAGUCCGCCGCCAUCGCCAGCGGCCACGGGGUCAAUUCCGCGGCACACCAACGUCGUGGCGCCUUCCGCCGCAUUUUUAUCCUCCUCAUCGAUGGGCUCAUCCAUAUCGUCGUGCGGCACAGACAUUGCCGCUCACCCGUGCUAUAGCCGGAAUCUCACCUUCCCACGUCACCACUCAAACGGUCUAAUUGGCGUGGCCAGUAUUUUUGGAUCCACCUCGGGGCCAGCGGCUCUGCAGUGCAGCUAUGCGCGGCUGUCGUCAACGGUGCAUCAUCAUCAACGCAACGACCUGCCCGCCUUGAUUACCGAGGGAGACUUUCGGUUUCCACAUGGCGGCAAUGGUCUGGGGUUGGACAUGGGCAUGGGCGCUGAAGGCGGCGGCGGCGGUGCUUGUGGCCUGGACACGGGUAAUAGUCAUCUUUCCGAAAUGAUGCCGGAUGUGGCGAUGGCAACAGCCUCAUUGGGGCAGCUACAUUUGACAAGCGGCGGUGGAGGUGGUGGCGGCAGCGGCGGCGGUGGCGGCAACGGAAGCAGUGUACGCGGCAACGGCAAUGGUCAUGGGCAUGGACGCGGUGCAGUUGCCAAUAGUAACGACAUGCCCGAGAGUUUGCAAUUAGAUUUGGGCGAUGGGCCAAGCCCACAUAUAAUUGGAAAUGCUGCUAGUGCUAUGACAUUACGAAAUAUACAGCAUCAACUGCCACAGAAUAACUAUCAUCACUUUAUGCAACGUUCAAAUUCGCCAUUUGAAAUCGUGCGGCAGGGGCAGCCAUCGCCAACAUCACACCAUCCCCAACAACAACAUUCCGGGACAUUCAAUUCCGGACCCCCAAGGUUUUUAUAGAGGUUGCGAGUGGCCCCCGAUCACGGUCAUUAUUUUAGCAUGCCUUUCUGAACAAAAAAUCCAAUAAAAUUAAAUCUAAAACAGUCUAGACAAAUA